AUGGGACCCUCGACCUCAGAAUACAUUUUCAUCCGUACCUGCAUUGCUUUCCUGCAUUGGAUAGCCCCUUUGAGCGUCGCGUAUUCUUUCGUCAACCUUUACCUUAGACCGAACAGGUCGCAUGGAUUUUCUAUACAAGAUAUUUUGAUUGCUUGGGCUCUUCUAGAGGCUGUUUUCUAUCUCGUCAUUUUCCUUCCUCUUAGACGUCACCUUCAACGCCCUGCGUUGCAUCCUGAGCACGCCUCCCGAGAACAGCGGAAACAAGAUUUCAUCCAGUGCAUGGGAAGUGUACCUGAUCUAGACGAAUUUUUGUCAAAGUGGUUCAAAAAUAGCCCGCUCUCAGAAAUCAAGAGAGAGAACAUCAAGGAGUUCCUACGGUGGGCUUUCUUGAGUUUAGACUCUGUCGAUGAAGCCUACGAAGACGAAGUUGAGGAGUACGUCCAGUUGAUAGAGAAGACUCGUCAAAAAGAAUUCGAACCUGGCCGAGGAAGUGCAAGAUGUAUUCGAUUGACUUUUGAUAAAGUUGAAUUGCUGCACCGAAGCCUUUUCUGGUAUUUGUGCGUGUGGGUGGUUGAUUGUUUGACCUCGCUCCGAUUGUUCUACUAUGGAUUCAGCUAUCAUCGCUUACCCUUGCGGCGCUUCUUCUCCGUCUUCCCUCUUAGACCGCACAAUCUUAUCUCUCCCAUCAAGUCGCCAUCUGACAAACUCACCUAUUGGCACCGGCCGCACCACUCCAAAACCGACUUGCCGAUUCUCUUCAUUCAUGGUAUAGGGAUUGGGCUAUAUCCUUAUGUAGACUUCCUCGCAGAGGUCAACAAGGAGAUCAAGGGCAAGGAUGGCAAAAGUGUGGGUGUAAUUGCUGUCGAAAUCAUGUCUAUCAGCUUCAGAUUGGCUGGACAGACUUUGCUGAAGCAAGAAAUGUGCGCUGAGAUUGACAAGAUCUUGAAAGCACACCAGUGGGACAAAUGUGUGCUAAUGUCGCAUUCAUACGGGUCGGUGAUUUCGACCCAUCUUUUGUACACGCCGAGUAUUGCAAAGAAAAUCGGACCUGUCCUUCUGAUAGAUCCUGUCACUUUCCUGCUGCAUCUUCCCGACGUAGCGUACAAUUUCCUACACCGGAAACCAACUAGCUCCAACGAACACCGACUCAGUUACUUCGCCUCCAACGACAUCGGUGUAGCUCACACGCUAUCCCGACGCUUCUUCUGGAAGGAAAGCAUCAUCUGGAAGGAGGACUUUGGCCACCGACUCGUUACAGUAGUGUUGUGUGGACAAGAUCUAAUCGUUGACACACAACACGUUGGCGAGUAUCUCAGCGGGACCGAUGAUGAUAGUUGGAAGACACAAGAAUUCAAGGGCAAAAGCCUGGAUAUCUUGUGGUUUGAGAAAUUGGAUCAUGCUGAGGUGUUUGAUCAGAGGGCGACUAGAACUAAAUUGCUCCGAGCGCUGCAUGAGUAUUGUGGGGAGCAGGUAGACUAG